AUGAUUCCUCGCGUUCUUCCUCGUCUGACUUCCCGUCUGUUCUCUGUUUCUACAAAGAUGUCUUCAAUGACUCCGUUGGAGGAUGCGAUGCGCGAUAAGGUGGGCCCAUUACACUACUCAACGAGUAUUGAUCGAGCUAAUAUCGUCCCUGCUGAACAGAUCGCACACGCCUUUACACCCUCGUCCCUCGUUAUUCGGAACGAUUCGCACCGCCAUGCUCACCAUGCUGCGAUGGAGGGGUCGACCUCCAAGGAGACGCAUUUCCACGUGACGAUCGUCUCCGACGCCUUCGAGUCUAAAAUGCAGCCUGCGAGACACCGUAUGGUUUACGCUUUAUUUAAGGAAGAGAUGGCGAGGGAGGGUGGACUCCACGCGCUGCAAUUGAAGACAAAGACGCCGGCCGAGGCACAGCGUGAGAAGGAGAGGGAGGAGCAGGCAUAA